AUGAAUUCUCUAAGGCGUUUAGCGCCUUUAGGUACCAGUGGUGGUCUGGUAGUCGCCGGUUUGGGUCUUCUUGGAUAUGGAAUCCAACAAUCACUGUAUACAGUCGACGGUGGUCACCGCGCCAUCAUGUUUAGUCGCAUCGGUGGAGUAAAACCGGAUAUAUAUACCGAGGGCCUUCAUGUUCGAAUUCCAUGGUUCCAAUAUCCCAUUAUUUACGAUAUUCGUUCAAAGCCAAGGAAAAUAACAUCACCAACUGGAAGUAAAGAUUUGCAAACAAUAAACAUUACUGUUCGUGUGCUUUCUCGUCCUGAGGUCUCAAGUCUGCCGGAAGUUUACCGCACUUUGGGAACCGAUUAUGAUGAACGUGUUCUUCCGUCAAUUGUCAAUGAAGUGCUGAAGGCAGUUGUGGCUAAGUUUAACGCAAGCCAACUAAUCACACAACGACAACAAGUGUCGCUUCUUAUACGCAAGCAACUUAUCGACCGUGCUCGUGACUUUCAUAUUGUUGUUGACGAUGUCUCAAUUACUGAUCUUACAUUCUCACAAGUGUAUGCGUCCGCUGUUGAAGCGAAACAGAUUGCCCAGCAGGAGGCCCAAAGAGCUCAAUUUCUGGUUGAAAGGGCCAAGCAAGAACGUCAACAGAAAAUUGUGAUGGCUGAUGGUGAAGCUCAAGCUGCUAAACUUAUUGGUGACGCGUUACAAGCUAAUCCUGGUUAUCUUAAACUCAGGAAAAUAAAAGCCGCUGCGAAUAUCGCCAGAACGAUUUCACAAUCAUCUAAUCGUGCGUUUCUUAACUCGAACACACUUCUUCUGAAUCUGUCUGAUCCCCAAUUCGAUGCGAGUGUGGACAAGGUAAUUAAAAAACGAUAA